AUGCCAGCCAAUUCAAGCCAAGAAAUCAUUCUCCGCAAUCUUUAUGUCGAACUCAAAAGAGACAAAAACGGCAAAACUUAUUUCUCCAUUCACGACAAAGAUACCGGUCAAGCUUACUUAGUUUUCCCCAACCGAACCAAAGG